GGACGCCGAGCUGCUUCUGAAAAUCCAGUUGAAAUCUCUCGAUUCAUGCUAUGCCUGUGAUAUGUUCAAUCAUGCUUGCUUCCCAUCCUCUUUUGGCCUUCUAAUACUCCGACAGAGGCCCGUCAACCUGUAGCUCAAUCUUUGCAUCCUUUCUCCCAUUCCCACAUUGACUCUGCAAUUCGACAACAUCGACAGGCCAAUCGUCGGGUAAAGCAAAAAGCAAAAGGCAAAAGCAAAGCCAAAGGCAAAUCAGACUACAACAGCAGAAUGGCGCGCGAAUCAGCAGCAGCAGAAACAACAACAGCGGCGGCAUUCAACACGUCGGCCAGCGUGCCAGGGAUCGUCAGCUCUCUGGCGCGGGAAUACACAGCCAACACGCCGCAGCGGCUGAAGGUCAUCGACACAUACAUGGUGUUCUGCGUGGCAGUGGGCAUCGUGCAGUUCGUGUACUGCGGGCUGGUGGGCACUUUCCCGUACAACGCGUUCCUGGCGGGGUUUGGGUCGGCAGUGGCGUGCUUUGUGUUUGCAGCGAACCUGCGCAUGAAGACGAACCCCAAGAACCGGGCGCAGUUCCCGUCGGGGUCGGCCGAGGGCGCGUUUGCCGAGUUUGUCUUCUGCCACAUUGUGCUGCACUUCAUCGUGGCCAACUUCCUGGGCUAAGCCCGGCCAAGUUGGGAUUGAAGGCGGCGGCGGCGGCGGGGCUGCCAGCU